AUUCACAUGUUUCGCCAAUAUUUAACAGCAGCAGUGCUAUAUAGUCCUCACAUACAGGCAACUGGCAAAAUUGAGUGCACAUUAGAAAUAAUAUUUUUUUUUUCCUUAUUUUCUGCUCUCUGAUGUGAUUAAAGCCGAAUGAUGUUGAAAGAUGAGUAGCUACAGUUUGUUGAAAACAUGAUUGGCUAGCUGUAACUUGAGUGAUGGUGAUAAAAAAUUACACGCUAUCUUCUGCUUCUUGUAUUUAGAAAAUGAAGAACAGUUGCAAAUCAACCUUGUGUCCAGCAAGAACUUAAAACUUCAAGAAGAAACAAUAAUCGAAAUUUUUUGGCAAUUUCGUAUUUCUUAUUAGGCAGAAGAAAUUUAUUCAGCAGUCAUGAAGUUGCAAUUCAUAAUCGUUAAUUUAGUAGUAGUGCUCACUAGAUCAGCCAAUAUCCAGCCAGAAAAUCAGGACGUCAUUUGCAUCACGCCAGAAUGCCGGCAACUGCCACAGAACCGAAUGGAAACCAUUGAAAUGGCUAUUCGAACUAUCGUCACAGCUCUUUCGAGUCAAACAAGCGAUUUGUUUGCUCCAAUCAAGGCAAUAUUGGAAAAGGAUCUGGCAGUCAGAUCCAUUCUUUCAGCAACACCAAUUCGUCAAAACACUACUACUUUCUCAUCAGCUUCAAGGGCUGGUGGGAUUAAGAAUACGGAGAAUACGCUUGGGAGUAGACCUAAUCCCUCUUCUGCGCAAAUAACAAAAGGGUACUACUCGGAAAGCCUUCAACAAGGAAAGAACAUGGUCGACCAACUCAAAGGAGUAGUCAAGUGUUCUUUAGCUCAUUUGGUCGACAUCAGUACCAUUGAUUUUGAAUCAAAUCCCAGCAAUAAUUCGUUCGUAAUCUCUGCUUCCAUUACUAGCAAUGAUUCUCUUGAAAUCAUGUGGCCCGCGCUCUCAUCGGAAUGUCUGAAAUAUAGUUCUGGUGUUUGGAUUCGAUUGUAUCAACUCGGUUACGAAUUAAAGUCGCCAGUUGAGACUUCCUUGGCUGUACCACACAAGUGCAUAAAAAAGAAAUCGCAAAAUACGUAUUCUCUUGUCCUGUCCCCACCGUCUUCAAAUGCAAAGAAAGAUACUUGUUUCUUUUCUUUGGCCAAAAAUCUCACCCAGUGUCGCUCGUACGCCGUCGAAGUUAUUCCAAAUUUUCAGACGCUUCGAGGAAAAACUUUGCGCACGACAAUUGUCAUUCCACCUAAGCAAAGUGACGAUUCCAAAUCACUGAUGAAUGUUUUGGUACAUCCAAAUUCAUUGAAGCUCAAUUGGAAGGAUAACUCUGGCUGCGCUCCCCAAAUGACUUCUUUAAACUUACAAAUAUUGCAGGAUGGAUCUGCAGACGUUGAAAGGUCAAAUAGUACUGUCAGGAUACCACGGAGUUGUCUGAAGCAGGAUGCUAAUGAAGAAAACACAUUCUCUGUGGUAUUGCCAUUUAAUUCGCAGACAUGCCCAAUAGAAUGGAAGCCGCUGGACAGGUGUCGCAAAUACACAUUUGAUAUGAGCUCUCAGUACACGGAAACUUGGAAUGGCCCUACGAUUUCAGCAAAUGUAUUUACAAGAGGAAACGAAGCCAAUUUUUCGUUUGAAUCAAAUUCAUAUAAUUCUUGGUUGUGUCCAAAAAAACAUUUUAUUUGCAACCAUGGUUGUGCAUCGUCGGAGCAUGGUAGGAUUGCAGCUUAUGUGUGUAAUGGAGAAAAUAACUGUAUCGCCGGCCGGGACGAAAAUUAUUGUGAUCAGAAUAUUUGUAAAGAAGGAUUUAAAUGUGGGCGGCAGUGUAUACCAAAAGAACUAGUUUGCAAUGGCCAACACGAUUGUGUAGAUGGCUCAGAUGAGGAAUAUAGCAGUUGCACUUACUCUAACGUAUGCCAGCAUUUCACGAAUUUCAGUGGUAGUUUUUCUUCAAUAACUUUCCCUAAACCCGCAAACGAAAUCCACUCAGAGAGAGAUUUUGAUGCUGCUCGGAAAAAUUCAGUUUUAAUAUCCGUACAACCCAAUCAUCAAAUUUGGCUGGCAUUUGAGAAAUGUGUCACUUUUGAAAAUCAGCAUUUCGUCAAUAUUUACGACGGUCCUUACUCAACCAGCCCUCUUUUGUUAUCGUACAGUGGGUCAGUUAAGCCAUUCUCUGUGCGAUCCUCAUCCAAUGACAUGUACGUGGAAUUCCCAUCUUACUACUACCCCAAUUAUGGAAUUACAGCUUUUUACACCAGUAUGAACAGCACAAAUGAAUCAUUUGUUCCAGACUGUGGUGGUUAUAUUAACGGCGAAGGGAUCAUUUCAACUCCAAAUUAUUUGCUCAACACCAAUAUUUCUGACUGCUAUUGGUUCAUCGAUGCAAGGCAGAACGAAGAUACCAUCCUGCUAACAAUGAGUAACUCUGCGCUUCUCUCGUCGUCUCAAGAACUUGGCGCUGCGUCAAGAAGUGAACUGUCCAGUGACGACGAUUAUGCAAACAAUUAUUAUGACCAUCAAAUAACGACAACAUCCUCAACUACUAUGUUGCCUCCACGAAAUGAUCCACCGCCCAGCAUAUUCGUAUACGAUGGGUGGAGCUCGUCGGGCACUGUGCUGUAUGAUAGCGAAACGUUUAAUCAACAGUGGGGGAAAAAUAUUUACUCGAUCUCCAACAAGAUGAUGGUUCGUUCUAAGGCACCAGUUGUUCGAAGUAACUUCGUAUCUUCUUUGAAGGUUUCCAAAAUUUCUACACCGCAGUGCAACCACAAAUUUGAAGAACCCAAUGGAAUAAUAAAAAGUCCAAACUAUCCACUGCUUUAUCCAAACGUAACCGACUGUCGCUGGAGCAUCGAAGUAGACCCAAGCUCAAAAGUCCGGUUACUUUUUGCAUUCUUUGAAACUCAAGAGGGAGCGGAUUUCCUUUAUGUGUACGAUGGGCCGACUGUAUAUUCAAAUCUGUUGUUUGAAAAAUCAGGAUCGGUCAAAACCCCUUUCCAAGUCGAUUCUACAACCAACAAAAUAUUGAUUCGAUUUACAUCAGACGGCGAAAUUUCUUUUCCGGGUUUUUUGAAUGUCUAUUCGUCCGUCUGAGUUUUGACUUUGUUGAGAAAUGAAUCCAAUUGUUGAUGGUUAAUAAUUGGAUAAUGAGUUGGUUUCGUCCUUUGAACCUUUGGGACUGCCAUAAUGAUCGUACCUGUAGUGUAUAUUCUUGUUUAAUCCGGAAUAUAAGAAAAUAUUGGUUUCAA